GUUUGAAGUCAGAUGUUUGAUCAAUAUUCAUUUGAUAUACAUGUGUGGUUUUACCUAACUGCUAUUAUAUUUUUUAUGCAGAUUAUUUAAAUAAUUAAAAUUAAAAUAGUAAAAUAAUUUAUUCUAAACUGUAGAGUUUAUAUUUAUUUAAUUUUAAAUAUGUCUGAGAGGCAAAUAUUAAAUCAAUAUAUAUAAAAAUGUUGUGCCUACAUAUAAAAGUAAAAUAAAAUACUUAAAACAUAGCUUGAAGAAACAAUGUAACAGUGAAAAGAAAAAUUGGAUUGCAGAAUUUAAGCAAGUUAAUACAUCAAAUAGUGAUUUAGGAUAAUAUUUUUAAUUUAAUUUUAAUGAUUUUUAAUUACAGGAUAAUGGCUGGGCAUUAUAAAUCAAGCAAAAUUGAAUACUGCAACAGUUUUAAAUGUCAUCGACCAAUUAUACCAUUUUUAGUAUCAGGAACACAAAAUAUAAAUAUUCCUGUACGAUAUAAUAAUGCUAUUUUGAAUGAUAUAGUAACAAAUGCACAAAAACAAUGUUAUACAUUCUCACCUAAGUUGAAGCCAUUUAGAAAUAUAGGAACUCAAACAGAUUAUCGAGACAGUGAAUCACAAACUGCUCCUUGGGAACCACCAUAUAAAAUUAAAUCAGGUCAUCAUCCUGAAGUUUUAUCAAUAGCACAUUUAACUUGGAAUCAUGGAUUACAAAUCGGAAAUCACGAUUUAGAAAUCAUUAAUAGAAUGAGAAAAAAGAAAGCAUGGGAAGCAGUUCUUCCUCCUAUGGAUACAUCAACAAAUAUAAAAAAGCGUACAGCUAUAAUAAAUGCAUUAGAAAUAGAUGAAUGGACAUAUAGAGAAUCAGAAAUUCAAGCGAUAAUAGAUUAUAGACUUGAAUUAAUGAGUGAAAUAUCUAAAUCACUAGAAUAUGAAAAAGAAAAAAAAAUUCAAGAUCGUUUAGAUAGAUUGACAAAUCUUUUAUUUGUACGCAAAAAUAAAGAAAUAAAUUCUAUUAAACAUAAGCUUAGAAGAGAAUUGAGAAAACUAUAUAAAAGACAACAACAAAAAUCAGAACCGUUUAAACGUGAUAUUAUUAAAGAACAUACUAAUCCUUCUUCUGAAUUAUAUGCCCCACAAAUGCGUUAUGGUGAACAUCCUAAAAGAAGACAUGAAGUAAUAGAAAAAGAGUUGUUAGGAGAAACCUCUAUCGAAAAUGUAACUGAAAUAAAUACAUUGCCAAGUUGGCUUCCAACGUAUGAAGAAUUAAGUGCAAUAGAACCAAGACCUAAAUCAGCUAAUCUGUGUAUUAGAGCAACAAGAUGGACAAAAGAAAAGCUAGGUCAAUUACACAGUAAUCUGAAGGCAAAUAGAUUAAACACUAAGACAAUAGAAACACCAUUAUUAUUGAAGCGCAAGUAUAAAUUACCAUCUCUACCUCCAACACCAUAUAAAACCAGCACAGAAAAUAUAAUAAAUGCACGACUACAUCAAUUAUCUAUGUUUAUUCAAAAAAUAAUUAGAGGAAGAGCUAUUCAAUGCAUGAUGUUUGAAGGUCGCAAUAGAUGUAGAGAAUUAAUUGAAGAAUUACAAUCAUCUCAUGGAUUAGAAGAACAUAGCAAAAAACAACAUCAAAAAGAAAAAGCGCAUACAUUAGAAUUACAACAUUUACAAAGUGAAAAAUCUAUGCAAGAAGAUCAUUUAUAUGAAAUUCUCAAUUCUUUAGAAGGAAUGACUAUAUCAGGAAUGCUAGAUUUUCUUAGCAAAGAAUUAAUAAGAUUAGAAGGUGAACGCCGAAUACAUGCUUUUGCAUUAUUAGCUGAAAGAGAAAGAGCUAUGAGAGAAGCUGCAGAAGCUGGAAAACGUCAACUAGAAUAUAAUCGUCGUAGGGAAUUUGACGAAAUGUUUAGGCAAAUUAUAAAAAUUAAUCAAGAAUCUGUGGAAAGCUAUUUAGAAGAUAUAAUAAAAGAAGGCAUUGAACGGAUAUCUGAUGAAACAACUAAAGCAUAUAUUUCAGAAUUAUGCGAUAAAGUAGAUGAUAUAUCAAAAGCUGCACAAAAAAAUGCAACAAAAUUAGCAGAAGAGGAAAUGGUUGCUAAUAUGAUUUAUAAUUUUGUAUUACCAGAAGUGGAAAGAACUACUGUACGAAAAAAUAUAAGAAAAAAACAACAAGCCUACUUACAAAAUGCACAUGCUGUAAUUUAUAAAGAAAUAUUGAACUUACCAGUCAUUGAAAAUAAAAAUGUAUUGAUUACAGGAUGUGGAAAAAAACAAAAAGAUUGAAAUAUAAAAUUAAAUAUUUUAAUAAAUAUUGUUAUAUCUUAGAAAAUAUUUUACUUGCUUUUUUAUCGUUGGGUUAAAUAUAUUUCAGCAUAUGCACGCGCACUCACAAUUCUUACAUUCUUUAAAGCAAAGGUACAAUACAACGUAGUUUUUGUAUCAUCCUAGAUAAUAUAUAAAAAUGAACACAUAUUAAAAAUCAGAUUAUAAAUAUUUUAAGAUUUAUAAUUGAAACACAUAAAUAUAUAUAAUUAUGUGCAUUGAUAUUGUUUUUUACUAGUUUAUUGUUAUUGUCACUUACUAGUUUUUUAAUAGUUUAUUGUCACUCAUUUUACAUAAAAUCUUACAUAAUGCUUUUAUCCAGUAUUAAAUAAAAUUUUU